GAGAGAAAGAGGACUGGGGGGGUGCUAGAUCAUUCAUUGUUAAAUAUAGGUUAGGAAGAAGACUUCUGGAGAUCUCUGCCUGCUGCUCUGAAGAAGAACAAGAGAAACAGAUAAACUCUAUUAUCAAGAGGCAACAGAAGAAGUUUUUGUGUGUGUUUAUCUUUUGUAUGAGCGCCUUAACUGAAGAAAACCAGGAAAUAACGAGAGGCUGACAAAUGAAGAGGAUGGCUCCGUCUGUGUUGCAGGCGUACAGCAGGCGCUGGUGGAUGGCCGUCACAGCCGUGCUGGAGAAUCUGUCAUGUUCGGCCGUGCUGUUGGGAUGGGGCUCUCUGCUCAUCAUGCUCAAGGGACAGGGCUUUUACUCCCACCUGUGCACAGAAAAUACGACUGAGAGUGUGAACGCUAGCGCAGUAGAUGAUUGGCUGAGUUGUGUGGAACAGGAAGAAAUGCUAAAUUUGGGCUUCACCAUUGGUUCAUUCCUGCUUAGUGCUGCCACAUUGCCGUUGGGUAUACUGAUGGACCGGUUUGGCCCCAGGCCUCUUCGCCUUACUGGAAGUGCGUGUUUUGCUCUCUCUUGUGUGAUUAUGUCCAUAUCAUCAUAUCAACCAGAAGUCCUCUCUGCGUUAAUUUUUCUGGCUCUUUCACUCAACGGCUUCGGAGGGAUCUGUCUGACCUUCACAUCUCUCACGCUGCCAAACAUGUUUGGGAGUCUGAGCUCCACUGUUAUGUCUCUGAUGAUCGGCUCCUACGCUUCUUCGGCCGUCACCUUCCCUGGAGUCAAGCUGAUAUAUGAUGCCGGGGUGUCCUUUACUGUUAUCAUGUGGAUGUGGGCCGGCUUGGCAUCUCUGGUCUGUCUCAACUGUUUCCUGAACUGGCCAUCAGAAGGGUUUCCUACACAAGAAGAGAUUGAGAUUAUGAAAAAAGACAAGUUAUCGUCUGAAGAGGCGCCGGGAGAAAGGGAGAAACUGUCGUCUGUAGCUCAGGACACACAAGCUUCGGUGCCGUUCCGGCGCUCCGUGUUCUCUCCCAUCUUCUUGUGGAGUCUGAUCACUAUGGGAAUGACUCAGCUGAGAAUCAUCUUCUUUAUGGGAGCCAUGAACAAGAUGCUGGAGUUCCUGGUGACCCACGGAGAGGAGCACCCCUCUACAGAACUGGUGCAUGAGGCGGAGGAGAAAGUGAGCUUCUACUCGUCCAUCUUCGGCACGCUGCAGCUCUUGUGUCUGGUCACCUGUCCUCUGAUCGGAUACAUCAUGGACUGGAAGAUGAAAGAGUGCGCAGACAGAAAGACAGACAGAAAGAUCCAGAAGCUGACCAACGCCAUGCGAGCCUUCAUCUUCACUAACGCUCUGCUCAUUGUGUUUGGUGUCCUCUCGCUCGUAGACUCCCUUCCUCUACAGAUCCUGACGUUUAUUCUGCACACGAUGGUUCGAGGUUUCAUUCACUCGUGUUGUGGAGGACUGUAUGCUGCCGUGUACCCGUCCAAUCACUUCGGCACGCUGACCGGUCUGCAGUCUCUGAUCAGCGCAGUGCUGGCUCUGCUGCAGCAGCCGCUCUUCAUGAUCAUGCUCGGACCUCUGAACGGAGAUGCUUACUGGAUCAACGUGGGGCUUCUGGUCCUCUCAUUGGCCGGUUUCCUGUUGCCGGGGUAUUUGUUCUACCUCCGCAGACAGCUUCUUCAGACGAAGGCCGGAGGAGAAGCGAAUGGACACACUCCUGUAGAGAACCAGGCUCUAAACCAGCCGCUCCACAACGGUCACAUCCCUCAGGACGCCUAACUCAAUUACAGAGCAUCAUGGGACUGUCAUGGGACUCUUCACAUUUCAGCACAAUACAGCAUCCCUUCGCCCGUCCCUCACAUUUAAACACAGCUCUCUCGUCCACGUUGUGUGAGAGACGUUAGGCUGAUGCCUGUGAAAGCAGCAUCACUUCAGCUUGGUCUUUAUCGACGAUCGGCUGACUCAAAACUUGAGGAUUCAUAUUGAAAAUCCAACUUUUUAAACAGAUAUUUAUUGGACUGCGCACACAUUGGCUGUGAUUUCUGGACUACCUCAGCUGUCUGUUCACCAAAGAGAAAGAGCAAUGAAAGUUGUAUUAUAAGUCUGUUUUUCUGUCUUUUAGAAAGCUUUUCGUGCUAUAUCCCAACGUUGAAACAUUUCAGGCAGAUUAAACACGACUUUUAUAAAGCGACAGAAAUGAGUGUUUGUGUGUAAUAGUCACUGAGAUGUAUUUCUGUUAUUAUUGUAGAUGUGCUCUGUAAAUAGCAUGAUGUGUAUUCAUAUUUGGAGGGGUUUUUGAAAGGUCUCUUUCAGAUGAAUGUUUUGUGUGAAACUAGUGCCUUAUUGUUUUUAGUGAGUGUCACGAUUCAGAUCUCAGCGUGAGAGAGAUGUGGGAAACCAAAGCCAUAUGAGAUCAGAAGAGAAGGUGUGAGAGGAAGAAAGCAUCCCGAGUGCAAGCAUGUCAGAUUUGAAGCACCAAAAUUAUUAAAUAUGCAAACCAUUUCUCUGAA